UAGUUUCUUUAUGAGCCUAUGAAGAAGAUAAAUAGGCUUCAGCCUUCUGUCUUAACACCCACCACUUGUAGUUUCAAGUUUCGUCUUUCUCAGUUUUGGACUCUCUCAGCCUCUCAGUCUUUCUCUAUCAAAUUUUUGGGGUUGCCAUGGACCUCCAAAGUACGUCGUAGCUCCGCCCCUAGUAGUAGAGAAAGAAGAAGCGUUUGCGGAAGAGAUAGCCAUUGAUGAGAAUUGGCUUCUUUAUGGCCUGAUACCAUGUUAAAUAAAGAAGAGGAUAAAGGUAUAACAAUGAGUUCAUGGCUCAAUAAGUAGAUGAUUUUAAUCAACCGUUGGGGAAUCGUCGGCGAGCGAUCCGUUUGAAGGCUUACUUUAAUUGGGCAAUUUCUCUACAGAGAGUAGUUCAAAUGGAGAGCUCAAAUUUGGAAGGAAAAGUGCUAGAAAUGUUUGAAGUUGGACCCUGUAGAGAUGCUUACCAGAUGGGUUUGCUAAUAGGUCAAAGGUUCUCCAAUCUCAUCAGAAGCAGAUUGGCCAAAGACCUGAUUCUUCAAGAACAGCUCCUACCUUUUGCCCAAACCCCACAAGCACAGCCACUUAUCAAAGCCCUUACUGAUAAUAACCAAAAGAAGUUUCCCAGAUAUUGGGAUGAACUCCUAGGGACAGCUGAGGGCAGUGGAGUGCCUGUUCUUCAUAUAAUACUGAUCAACCUGAGGAAAGAGAUUAUUCCAUUUCUUCCAAAGACUACUAUAAUUUCUAAUGCAGAUACUCCAGAUGACUGCUCUGAUGUUCUCAUUGUUAGUGAUUCCAUUGCCAUGGCAGCCCACAAUGAGGAUGGAAAUGUUGCUUUACUUGGCCACACCUACUUGAUAAAGGCAAUGCUUCCAAAUGGACUAUCCUUCAUUGCUUAUACAUAUGCAGGAGAGCUCCCAAGCUGUGCAUUUGGAUUCAACAGUCAUGGAUUGGCAUUCACAUUGAAUGCAGUACCCCCAACUGAAGACGAGAUUGUGGCGGGUGGCAUCGGACGGAACUUCAUUUCUCGCGAUCUCCUUGAAGCGUCGGGCAUUGAUGAUGCUUUAACAAGAAUUCGUUCAUCAGCAGAAGUUUCUGUGGGACAUAAUUAUAAUCUGAUUGACACAAGAACACGUAAGAUUCUCAACGUCGAAACAGCAUCGAGGAACCGGAUUUCCAUUAGAGAGGUUGGAGAAACACCAUUUUUCCAUGCAAACAUGUAUCUCCAUCUUCCCGUCCAGCAGGUACAAGAUGAGAACUCCAUAAGCAGGCAAAAAAGAGCAGCUCUGCUACCCAAAGGAUCAAGAAACGAAUUCCUGUCACUUCUGGGAGAUAUCGAUGACACAAAAUACCCCAUCUACAUGACAGGUAAUCUGAAGAAUAUUCGAAUACCUUGUCUAAAUACUCUCUUGAUUAUCCUAUAUGCCAUAUUCUCAGGUCCAACACUCUAUACACUAUGUACGGCUGUAAUAGAUCUGGAUGAACAAACACUAUCCAUUAUUGAAGGGAAUCCAAAGGAAGGAGAAGCUUCUCAUGUCUUCACCAUGUCAUCAAAAGAGAUCAAGAUGCCACAGUAAAGCUCUGCACUGCCUACUUCGUUUGCUAGAAUCAGAAGUAACUCAUUUCUUAAGGCACUUAAACCGGUUCAUAGAGGCCUAACACGUGGCCAUCAAGACCUCGCAUGGCUGCAACCUGAUCCAAGCAAAUUAUACAAGACCUUUAGACCCUGAACAAGAAGACUAAAAAUUAAGUUUAAGUUGUCACUUUACCUUUCCAUGGAUCUCAUAUUUGAUGGGACCAUCUAGUUCAGCUCCUAAUGCCAUCAAUUUUGUCACUGUACUGUUAAUGUCAGUCACUGUGAAUGAUAGAAGUGAAGAGUAUCCAUUCUGCAUGGCAUGGUCACUGUGAAACUACAUUAGCAACUGGCAUGUUCAACUAUAGGAUGGAUUUCUACAAAAAUUAAAAUCUUGUGAAGUAGAUUUUCCUACCA